GUCUCCUCGCGUCUCCCCUCCGGGUUCAGGAGGAACUCUUGACGCUGAUCCGGUGAUGAAGGAGCGUCGUGAUCAAACUCACAGGCAGCCAUGGUGAAGGAGCGUCUGCCCAGCUGGGCCCGGCGGGACCCCGACGGGGGUCUGGUCCACGUGAACGUCGGCGGCCUGAAGAGGAGCCUCUGCUCCAGCACGCUGAAGAAAUUCCCAGACACCCGACUGGGAAAGCUGCUGUCAUGUGACUCGGAGGAGGCCAUCCUGCAGGUGUGCGACGACUACGACGUGCAGCAGGAGGAGUUUUACUUUGACAGGAAUCCGGGUCUGUUCCCGUACGUGCUCCACUUCUACCAGACGGGGAAGCUGCACAUCAUGGACGAGCUGUGCGUCUUCUCCUUCAGCCAGGAGAUGGAGUACUGGGGCAUCAACGAGUUCUUCCUGGACAGCUGCUGCAGCUUCCGCUACCACGACCGCAAGCUGGAGAGCAGCCGGCGGCGCAGCUGGGACGACGAGAGCGACGUCAGCAGCGUGGACACGUCGGUGGACGAGAUCUCGGACCUGAACAGGGACAUGCUCCUCUUCCAGGCCGUCCCCUGCGGCGGGGCCAGGAAGUGCCUCUGGCUGACGCUGGAGAACCCGGGCUACUCCGUCCCCAGCAAGCUGUUCAGCCUGCUCUCCAUCGGGGUGGUGCUCACCUCCAUCGCCAUCGUGUGCAUCAGCAGCCUGCCGGAGUACCAGACGUUUGACGAUGAAGGGAAGGUGAUGGAGGACCCCACCAUGCAAGCUCUGGAGGUCUUCUGCACCUCCUGGUUUACCUUCGAGGUGAUGGCGCGGCUGCUGCUCGCUCCGAACAAGAGGAAGUUCUUCCUCCAGCCGCUGAACAUCAUCGACUUGGUGUCCGUGGGUCCGAUCUACAUCACUGUGACCUCUGACAUCACACUGGGACCAGAGUCUGAACUGGGAGCGCUGGGACGGCUCAUACAGGUGUUCAGGUUGAUGAGGGUCUUCAGGGUUCUGAAGUUGGCCCGACACUCGACAGGUCUCCGGUCUCUGGGAGCGACUCUCCGGCACAGCUACAGGGAGGUCGGCAUCCUGCUGCUCUACCUGGCCGUGGGCGUGUCCGUCUUCUCCGGGAUCGCCUACACCGCCGAGUACGAGGAGGGCGUGGGUCUGGACACCAUCCCGGCCUGCUGGUGGUGGGGGACGGUCAGCAUGACCACGGUGGGCUACGGGGACGUGGUGCCCGUCACCGUGGCCGGGAAGCUGGCGGCCAGCGGCUGCAUUCUGGGCGGCACCCUGGUGGUGGCGCUGCCCAUCACCAUCAUCUUCAACAAGUUCUCCCACUUCUACCGGAGGCAGAAAGCUCUGGAGGCGUCGGUGAGGAACAACCACCGCAGGAAGAUGAAGAUGAGCUGCGAGAACGAGCCCGAGGAGGACCGGGAGGACCACGAGGACAGCCGGUGUCUGGACGACGACGACGACACCGACGACAUGGAGGACGAUAUCGAGGACGAGGACGACGGCGGCGUCGUCAACUACAGCUACGUGGACCAUCCGUCCUCCUCGUCCAUGCUGAGGAGGAUCAUUCAUGACUGAGGAACCGAUCAGGAGCUUCCAGGAGACUCACGAUACAGGAAGUGACAUCUUAUGCACGCGAAUAAAAAGUACCAUGAAGA